AUGGCUGCUCAGUAUGAGACUUCCGUUGAGUUUAGAGAAGUAACGCCGCGGACCUUCUCACCCGAUCCAGCAGACACUCACCGCGGCCGCAAGAGAGACCGCAGCCUCACGAGAUGUGACCUGGAAGCCACGCACUAUGGCGGCACCGGCGAAUCCAGCACGCUUCGGGGCCGACCCCGCCGACGAUCUACUUCGCCGGUGGCACUAUCAUCGAGAACUUCUUCACGAGCCAUUCCGAGCACCUCUGUGUCUCCGAUGAGGAAGCGUCUUCUCCGCGUCGUUCUCUUCGACCGGCGACGAAGCCAGAGCCCCUCCCGAUCCCGGUCUCCCAAUCACCAGCAGGCCCCGCGCCGGCGCCGGCAUCGAACACGGAGCCGGAGCCGGACCCAUACCAAAGACAUGUAUCAGGCCACUGAUCAGCUGCCUCGGCCCCGUCAAGAGCAGCUGUACAAGCAAGCGAGCAAAUCUGCCCAAGAGUGA